GAUUGGAAUACAAAACCCAACCGCGCCCUUAAACCCUCGCCGCCGCCGCCGCCGCCCCGGCCACCGGCUGCGGCCACAGUCACUCUCACAUAUCUCCUCCUCCUCCUUCUUCUUCUCUAUUGUUUCAUCGUGCUUUUUCUCCGGCCAUGGCGACGACCGAGGUUGUAGAGUCUGUGCACUUCAAAUUCAUGACGGAUGAAGAGGUGAGGAGUCACAGCGUCGUGAAGAUAACAAAUCCUCACACCGUCGAUACAUUGGGCGCUGUAAUUUCUGGCGGACUCUAUGAUCCGGCCAUGGGACCUGUCGACGACAAAUCCCCAUGCGUGUCAUGCGGGCAGCGUGGAUUCUAUUGCCCUGGCCACUGUGGCCAUAUCGACCUUGUCUCCUUAGCCUACAAUCCCUUGCUCUUCAGUAUGCUGAGCAAUCUUUUGAACAAGACAUGUUUCUAUUGCUUUCACUUUAGGGCACGCAGGGAGGAGGUUGAAAGCUGUGUGUCUCAAUUGAAACUUAUUGCGGGGGGGAACUUUGUAGCUGCAAAGAAUUUGGGUGCGCGACAAGCUGCGCAAAAGAAGAAAAAUUUUGAUAUGUCGUUUCUCGGGGACGAAGAAGAGAGCCCAUCUGGUGGAGAAGAUCAGCAUGAGCAGGGAACUGAAACUUGCUGGGAUUCAUGUCUUCUUAGUGAAGCAAUGUCGGUUUUGAGUAAUUUCAUGAGGAAAAAAGAGAAGAAGUGCACUCAUUGUGAGUGCAAGAAUCCGAAGAUCAGUAAACCUACAUUUGGAUGGUUUAAUGUGACUGGACUCUCCAGUACUCAUUUACGGUCAAAUGCCAUACGAAAUGCCAAGUUGGAUAUAGAUCAAAGCGAGGGAGAUAUAGACAUUUCUAACAGUACCAAAAAGUCUGGCAAAAAAGGUGUGAGUCGGAAUUUUAAUCCUGGUUUGAAGGAUCCAAACAAUUUAUUCUCUGGACCUCUCUUACCUUCAGAGGUUAAAGAUAUUUUGAGGCAUUUAUGGAAAAAUGAAGCCACCCUUUGCUCAUAUAUCUGUAAUAUUCAACAGAAUCAAUUUAAAUUUUCUGGAGACAUGGAAGGCUACUCUAUGUUCUUCCUCGAAACAGUGCUUGUUCCACCAAUAAAAUUCCGGCCUCCAGCCAAAGGUGGCAAUUCUGUGAUGGAGCACCCACAUACUGUUCUAUUAGGGAAGGUGUUGCAAACAAAUAGUGCUUUAGGAAAUGCUCAUAUUAAUAGUGCUGAAACGUCAAAGAUCAUUACUCGAUGGAUGGAUCUUCAACAAUCUAUCAAUCUCUUAUUUGAUAGCAAAACAGCAACUACUCAAGCUCAAAAAGAUGUUUCUGGAAUUUGUCAAUUCCUUGAAAAGAAAGAGGGUAUUUUCCGGCAAAAAAUGAUGGGCAAAAGGGUCAAUUUUGCCUGUCGAUCUGUUAUUUCCCCAGAUCCUUAUUUGGCAGUAAAUGAAAUUGGAAUUCCCCCACACUUUGCAUUGACGUUGACCUAUCCAGAGAGGGUUACUCCUUGGAAUGCUGAGAAAUUGAGACGUGCAGUCAUCAAUGGGCCUCAAAUUCAUCCUGGGGCAACAUCCUACAUUGACAGUGUAGCCACUGUAAAGCUGCCAACAAGCAAAAAAAUGCGUCUAGCAAUAUCAAGGAAGUUACCUUCUUCAAGAGGAGCAGUUUCACAAUCAGGCAAAAAUGGGCUUGAGUUUGAGGGAAAAAUCGUGUGUCGCCACUUGCAAGAUGGUGAUGUUGUGCUUGUAAAUCGGCAGCCGACACUACAUAAGCCAAGUAUAAUGGCUCAUGUUGUUCGUGUAUUAAAAGGAGAAAAAACAAUUCGCAUGCAUUAUGCAAAUUGCAGCUCCUAUAAUGCUGAUUUUGAUGGUGAUGAGAUUAAUGUCCAUUUUCCUCAAGAUGAAAUUUCCCGUGCCGAGGCCUAUAAUAUUGUAAAUGCAAAUGAACAAUAUAUUGUUCCCACAAAGGGUGAUACUGUGAGGGGCUUGAUUCAGGACCAUAUUGUGGGUGCUGUGCUCCUUACAAUGAAGAAUACAUUUCUAAAUCGUAGUGAAUUUAGUCAGCUGCUUUAUGGUUCUGGCGUGUUUGCUCGUGUGUCUGGUUCAAAUCCUGGGAAUAAUUCUAGGAAGGUUUCUUUAGUGGAUGCUGAAGGUAUGGUGGACUGUGUUUUGCCUACGAUAUGGAAACCUGAGCCUCUUUGGACAGGAAAACAGGUCAUCACUGCCUUGUUGAACCAUAUAACCCAUGGUUAUGCACCCUGUACUGUUAAAAAUCAGGGGAAAAUUCCAAAGAAUUAUUUUACGGGUAACAGUUUCAAAAAUGGAGAGGAAGAUGAUGACCAUAAUGCUGAACACAGCUUGUUGAUCUGGAAAAAUGAGCUUUUGCGGGGAGUGAUUGACAAGGCUCAAUUUGGAAAGUUUGGCUUGGUUCAUACAGUGCAGGAGCUAUAUGGUUCAUACAGUGCAGGCAUCUUUCUAUCUGCAUUGAGUCGCCUAUUUACUAUCUUUUUACAGUUUCAUGGAUUCACUUGUGGGCUAGAUGACCUUAUCAUAUUACCUAAUUAUGAUGCCCAAAGGAAGGAGAAGCUUGAAGGCGAAGAUGUUGGGGAAGAGGUUCACUGUGAUUUUGUGAAAUUCAAACCUGGGCAAAUCGGCCCUCAAGAACUGCAAUUGGAGGUUGAGAAAGUCAUUUGCCAGGACAGAGAAUCUGCUACUGCAGCUUUGGACAUGAAAAUGAAAAACAAAUUGACAAAUAGGCUAACUAGGGAAGGUUCUCAGAUACUCAAACACUUGCUGACAACUGGUUUAUUAAAACCUUUCCCUAAGAAUUGCAUCUCUGUCAUGACAACAACUGGGGCAAAGGGUAGUACGGUGAAUUUCCAGCAAAUAUCUGUCUAUCUUGGGCAGCAGGAGCUGGAAGGUAAAAGGGUACCUCGGAUGGUUUCUGGAAAGACUUUGCCCAGCUUUCCACCAUGGGAUUUCACAUCUAGAGCUGGAGGCUUUAUUACUGAUCGCUUUCUUACCGGGCUUCGACCACAGGAAUACUAUUUCCAUUGCAUGGCUGGUCGUGAAGGGUUGGUUGACACUGCAGUCAAAACAUCUCGCAGUGGAUAUCUACAGCGUUGUUUGAUGAAAAAUCUUGAGAGCCUGAAAGUUCACUAUGAUUAUACUGUCCGUGAUGCUGAUGGUUCUAUCGUUCAAUUUUACUAUGGAGAAGAUGGCAUUGAUGUGCACAAGACAAGCUUCCUGAACAAUUUUAAGGCGCUAGAAGAUAAUCAGGAAACUUUCAGUCAGAAAUUCCAGAAUAUGCAUGAAUUUGGUAGUUACAUCAACAGACUUCCCGAGGGACUUGAAAAAGAAGCUAGGAGCUAUGUUCAAGAGAAGCAAGAGAAGUUAUCUGUAAAACAUAAAGCAAGUGGAAAGAACACACACAAGAAGCACAGGUCGAGUAAGAAAGAUCACCAAUUGAAAAAUGAGGAGGCUCUUGGAAUGAAUCGAGACAGGUUUAUGAAGUUGGUGGAGCAGAAAUACUUGUCUAGCCUUGUACAAGCCGGAGAACCUGUAGGGGUCAUUGCAGCUCAGUCUGUAGGCGAACCAUCGACUCAGAUGACACUCAACACUUUUCAUCUGGCGGGGCGCGGGGAAAUGAAUGUUACUCUCGGUAUUCCAAGGCUUCAGGAGAUUUUGAUGACUGCAUCAGAUGUUAUCAAGACUCCCCUCUUGACAUGCCCAUUCUCACAGAGGAGAUCAAAGCACGACGUUGUUUCUCUUGUUUCGAGUGUGAAAAAGGUGAGUGUAUCCGAUUUGGUAGAGAGCAUGGAAGUUCAGCUCUCGUUGCAUAAAGACCGGAUCUAUAAACUGAUAAUUAAACUGAAGGAUAGCGAGUUUGUUCGAUUGGAAGACACACAUGAAACUUUGAAAUCUUCGUUCUUGAGGGAGCUCGAGGAUGCAAUCGAAAGUCAUGUUGUAUUUCUAUCCAAAGUAAGCGGAAUACAAAAUUCCACAUCUGCACCAAGAUCUGAAGCAUCGAAUGAAGCUGAUGAGGACGAGCCAGGUGCCCAGAAACAGAAAAGGGACGAUGAUAAUGACGAGGACAAUGACGACGACGAAGAUGGCGAUGAUCUUGACGCGGAUGCACAAAAGAGAAAGCAACAGGGUACGGAUGAGGUCGAUUACGAGGAUGGAUCCGACAGCGACCCUAAUGAAGAUCCGGGAAAUUCUAAGAACAGCGAAGAUCAUCAAUCUGAAGAUAUCGAAGCUGGAGAAGAUGAAGAUAUUGAUGACUCAGAAGAUCACAAAGAUGAAGCUGUAUCAGAAGCUAAAUCUAGUCGGGAAAAGGCAAAAACAUCAGAGAAAAUCCUGAGUAAAAUAGCGAAAUCAUCAUCCGAUCAGAAAGUCCGGAGGGCUAUCUAUAUCGAGUGUGAAGGUUUAAAGUUUGAAGUUCACUUCAGAUUCACGACAGAACCCCAUGUCUUGAUUGCUCAGGUCGCCCUAAAAACCGCCAAAAAAGUGUACAUCAAGCGCUCGAGCAAGAGCAAGAUCAGCCAAUGCAAGGUGGUGCAAUACGAUCCAGACGAAAAAACAGUGAUUUGGGACGACAACCUGAAAUCAAACGGCGCAAAAGCUGAAAAGAAUGAUGGAGAUGAAAACUUGUAUUGGGCAAUGAAAGCUUCGGGCGUCGAUUUCAGAUCGUUCUGGGAUUUGCAAGACGAUCUUGAUGUCAGUCGUCUCUAUUCUAACAACAUCCACGCCAUGCUGAAAACAUACGGCGUCGAAGCCGCAAGAGCUACUGUAAUAAGAGAGGUGAAACAAGUCUUCGACAUUUACGGAGUAAAAAUUGAUUUUCGUCACUUGAGCUUGAUUGCAGAUUACAUGACGCACACGGGAGGGUACCGGCCAAUGAGCAGGCACGGGAGCAUUUCCGAGUCGUUGUCGCCGUUUCUCAAGAUGUCAUUCGAGACGGCUUCCAAGUUUAUAGUCGAGGCCGCGUCCCACGGUUUGGUCGACAGCUUGGAAACGCCGUCGUCUCGGAUUUGCCUGGGGUUGCCUGCGAAAGUAGGGACUGGAUGCUUUGAUAUGAUGCAGAAACUGGAAGAAGAUUGUUGAUCUGCAAGUCUCUGUAAGUUUUGUUUACUUUUAUGCAGAAUAUGAAGUUUUGUUGUGAAAUUGAAGUAGUGUUUGUUAUCGUUAGGAACUAGAAACUUUGACAAGUUAUGAAAAAUGAUUUGGUUUGAUAGAGUAAGUUAGCUUCUAUAAUGAAUAUA